AUGCAGUCUCCGAAUAACUCGGAAGGUAGCGGUCCAUCGAUAGAUUUCCCUCGUCGUUCUUCUUCCAAUCAAUCACAAAGAAUUUUAUCUACACGACAGCAUCCACCUCCUGAACCUAACUUAAACCCUCACCAACAUCUCCUUAAUCGAACCGAAGAAAAUUGUCCAUCACACCUUAAAGGUUCUAAAUGUACUCAAUGCCUUAAAGCUGCCAGAAAGACUCGAGCCAAUUUACAAUUGAUCCAACAAUUACCUCUAUUUUUUUGGCCUACAUCUCAUUAUCAUGCGCCUAUUUUUAUUCAUCAUUUAACAUCUUCUUCAACUAUAAUAUCUACAUUAGAACAAACUCGGGAUGUUACAGUUUACCAUUAUAUUGUUGCUUGGGGUGAUGUAUUUCAUGAACUUUCAUCUUUUCAACAAUGUGCACUCCUCGGUUCAUCUCACAUUCAACGUCCUUUAAAUCUACAAGACUACUUCACCAACCAAUGGAAUCGAACAUAUCCUCAUCUUUCAUCAUGUCCUACUCAACAACAUCAAGUUCAAUUCGAUACUGAUUCAGAAGUUGAUUUAAUAUGUCAUGUUGAUAGUUAUGAUUUACAUGAUGAUUUAUCACCUACACGUGUCACUCUCAAUGCUAAUACUUGUACCUGUCCCGACACUAUCCGACAGUACAAAAACAACAAUGAACAAUGGACUUUGCAAAAAGCCAUCCAGUAUAUCCUCAAUGGAGCUUUAUAUAAAACCCAUACUAUGAAUACUUGGUCUUGUGGAUUCGAUCCACAAUUAAUCACCAAUCAAACAACUGAAGCCAUACAUACUCGCGAUGAUAUGACACUAUACGCCAUUAACGAUGUCUUCGCAACAACAAAAUUUCUCUUUCACUUCAAUCAUGAAAUUAUUGCUCCUUACUAUUCUUCAAAUGCAUCUACAUCCGAUUCAACAACUAAUGAACAACCACCUGCAUUAUCUUCCUAUUUCGUUCUAUCCGGCAGUCACGCUAAACAUAUUGAUACACCACUUACAACACCAUAA